AUGAGAAUAGCAGCAUUGAUAAGUGGUGGCAAGGACUCUAUUUAUACUCUAUGUCAGAUGAUAGAUGACGGACAUAAUGUUGUUUGUGCCAUUUAUAUUCUAAACAAGCAAGAAUAUGUUGAUUCAUUCAUGUAUCAAACCGUUGGAAAUGAAAUGAUACAGUAUAUUGAACAGGCACUAGAAAUCGACUUCAUUUAUAAAGAAACAACUUGUGAAGUUAAGAACACUGACUUGGAUUAUAAACCGAUGGAGAAUGAUGAAGUAGAAGAUCUAUUUGAAGCAAUAAGAGAAGCCAAAGAAAAAUAUGGAAUUGAUGGGGUUUGUUCAGGUGCAAUUUUGUCACAAUAUCAACGUAACAGAGUUCAGAAUAUUUGUAAUCGACUCAAAAUAGAAAGUUUUACACCAUUAUGGCAGAAGAAUCAGAAGGAAUUGCUUAAUGAAAUGAUUUUGUAUGGAAUUGAAGCAAGAUUGGUUAAAAUAGCAUCGCCUGUGAUCAAUAAGACGUAUUUAAACAGAACACUUGAAGACAUAUCGGAAUACUUUGAGAAGAAUCAUGAUAAAAUGAGUGAAAUCAAUUAUUGUGGAGAAGGUGGUGAAUAUGAAACAGUUGUAUUCGACUGUAAACACUACAAAAAGAAGAUACAAGCAAGAACCUGGAUAAAACACAUCCACCCAGAGGACAAGAACAAGAAUGAAGAUGAACAAGUUGUGUAUUGCAGCUUUGAUGAUAUCGAAAUGCAUAAAAAAUAA